UUGCGCGCCCUUGCCAUGAUAUCUUACUUCCACCAGACCCCAUCUUCAACAUUGUCUCCUGGCCAACCUGGAUGGGACUUUGAGACCCGGCUUGUGGAACGUGUGCCUUGGACCCUUGAUUGGCGGCACCUCAAGGGAGUUUGGAUUCUUUUUGAAGAGGUUACUACCCGUCAGUUGCUCUAUUCGCUCAACGGCAGCGUGGUUGGGCUGAUAGGUGAUGUGGUUGAUUAUAAGCCAGUAGAGAGUCAGCGUUCGGUAGACUUGGCUACACAAGAACAAAGUUUGGUCUCACCUGCUUACUUUGAUUCUCUAAAUUACCCACCUCCACCUCCUAGCAAGACCACUUGCCAUGGUUUGGGGAUCAUUCGUGCAAUUGAUCCUUCUAAACAUGCACUGUUGCUCUUGACCCCUCUACCGCUCGACACCCUGAAAUUGGUUUCUGGAAUUGUAAAAGGAGAUCUUGAGUUACCGAUCCAAUGUAUGCUGGACGAGAAGAUGGGAAGUGGACCAGGUAUCUGCGGUGUCCCAUGGAACAUGACGCCCUAUGUUACUACUGAGGCCAGAGAAGGAGCAGGAGGAGACUCCCUUCGGGUGAGACGUAACUUGAUGAGAAGAGGUCAACUUUGAG